CCGUCUUCUCUGUAAUGAUUAUUCUCUAGGGUUCAAUAGAUAAUUAUUUUAGAUUCUCAUUUGUAUAGUUUUUUUUUACAAAUAUGUCAUCAUUGUGCAGCAUGCUUUUAAUAUCACAAAGCAUAGCCCCGGAAGUACCUUUCGAGAGAGCACAGAGGAGCAGUUGGUGUUUGUUAUGCUAAUGUUUACCCACUCAGCCUUUUGGUUCAUCUGCUGUUUUUGGAAGCCUGGCAAGUGAGAAAACUUUGGAUUGCAUGUAAACCUCGUUGACAAUGGAAGUACUUCGAUGUGUGUAUGUAGCCCGCGUGGACACUGACAACUAGGAGUAGCUACUACUCUACAACUAACCUGCAGUGUUAAUUUCAACUGUCUGUCCAUAUGGAUCGUCACUACAAUCGAGGCCAUUUCAACUCUCGUGGCCAUCAAAGUAAUUUCAAUCAAGAGCGGUCAUCUCUCAAAAGGACUCGUGAACAUGAUGACAGGGGACAUGAGAUUCACUCCAGGCGCGCGAGAACUGACGAGCGUCUUUCACCCUCACGAACUAUGAGCGUUUUGCGUCAGUUCUAUGACAGAGACUUCCCUGUCUACAAGCAGCCUGUAGAAAUUGGAUUAUUUUCCUUAGACAGCAAACGAAAUUUUUGGAAUGAUGCAAGGCAACUACGUUAUUAUGUGGAGCCCGAAAGAUGCCCCAACUUCAACCUCAGAGAUGGUUAUCAUGACCGGUUUGUGAAAAGAGAUGAUGGCAUCAAAGAGAAACUUGACCACAUUCUGAAAUGGAUUUUGGCAAACAAGCACAAACUGCAGUCCCGAGACACCACCUGUCCACUAGGUAUAGAUUUUGUGACUUGGCGUGGCCACCUGACCAAGCUGUUAACAACUCCAUAUGAGACACAGGAGGGUUGGCUACUCGCGGUGUCCAGACUGGCCGGCACUCUCUACAUUAGUGAGGUGGAAACUGAGAAAUCCCGCAGGGACCGAGAUAACCGGACAGAACGACACGAAGAGAUGAUGUAUUGGGGUUACAAAUUCGAACAGUACACCUGUGCAGAUGAAGAACAUGGUUCCCCUGACCCAGGAGGCGUGGUGAACACCAAUGAAGCAUUCUGCACUGUUGUCCAGACACGCCUGUCCGAGCAUAAGCUGCUCUUCUCUGGGGAGGUGGACUGUCGUGUGGCAGGGUCUAGCGCACCCCAGGCUCCGGCCUGCUACGUUGAGAUGAAGACCUCGGCCGAGAUCCACACUCCUAAACAGCGCAGCAACUUCCACAGAUACAAGCUGCUUAAAUGGUGGGCACAGUCUUUUCUUCCUGGAGUUCCUAAGAUUGUGGCAGGCUUUCGUGACAAUGACGGACAAGUGGUCCAGGUGGAAACGUUUAAAACAUCCCAAAUAUCUCAGCUGAUAAAGACCGAGCACAAUUGCUGGAAGCCAACCGUGUGCAUGAACUUCUGCAGUGACUUUCUGUCAUUCGUCAGAAAAACAGUCAAAGAAGAUGAUCCAAGGUUAGUGUACCUCUUCUCAUGGGAACCACACAGAGACGUGACGUUCACUGUCCACAGAGACACUGAGUAUAAUUUCCUGCCCAACUGGUUUGUGAAGGAAAUCACAGCGAUUCAUCGCCAGACUGAUGCUCCACCGCGUGCCUGAAAUGAACCUACAACCACAUGGCAUCAUGCCAGUGUGUUAAGAUAGCACGCCAACUUGAACCUUCUAUCGCAUUUGUGCAUCACGACUUUGUAUGUUAACGCGUGCUACAGAACGCCCUGUGACAGGAUGGGGUGGUUUUAGUCUGAGCACAAUUCUGCCCUACAAAGCAAAAAGGCAGUAACUGCGCAGAGCUAAAGACUGAAUAAGUUGACUUUAAAAUGAUACUGCAACCCAAUAUGAGUGUUUUCUGGAAGAUUAUUGACAUGUGACAGUUUUGUUCCUUUAUAUUAUCACCUUUUGUGCAGAUCAAUCAUUUCAUUUAAAUUUAGACUUCGAUAUAUAUGGCAUUAAAGUCAUAGUAGCUCAUUUUAAACCGCAAUGCAGUUACUGCCUUUUUGCUUUGUAGGGCAGAAUUUCCCUUGCUUGUUUUCGCUGUUCUUGGCAAAAGUGACAGAGAUGUUGCUUUACUGACAGGUUAGGUUUAGGAAUGGUUUUUGGUCAGAGCACAGCAGAGCAGUUUCGCGCUUAGCAAUAGAAAAAACAAAAAUUCGCCGGGACAGUGGCAAAACUGCAAACCAGGUCACGUGAAAAAAAUGUCAGUCUGACCAUCAAUAGAUUUCAAAUGCAUGACAGUGAAAUGGUACUUCCUUAUGGGCAGAACCGAGGCGUGAUGGCAUUGUGUGUGUGCACUUUAUAUUCAUUUACAAGUAAACCUGCACUGUAAAUACAUGAAUGUACAUUUUUUAAAAUAAUUCCACUGAUUCAUUUUUUAUACUGUAGAUAUUUCUAUAGCCUUAGUUUCACUCAGAUUGACUGUAUUAAAGGUAGUGGUUUUGAAGUCCCACAUUACAGCGAGUUGGUAAAUGUGGAGAGGUUUUCAUGUUUUCCGACCACAAGGAAAUACAGUACACUCCACAUUUAUACUUCGGAGAAACUAUACCGUAUGUCAUCUACCAAUUCAUUAAACAUUGGGAUGCUUGUGUAAAUGAAUUGCUCUUCGACCCAUAAUCCAAACAGCUAAACAGCAAAUUAGUACUCUGUUUCCCAAAUUCAUGCUGCCCAUUCACAAAUCUAUUUCAUGAAUAUUUACCACCACCACCACCACCAUUUGUAAUUACUGAUUUUGACUGCAAAAGUUACUUAUUUUAUUUUAUUACCUUCUCCAUGUCUGUCAUUUUGAGUUCCCAGUAAAAUAUAUCUUUGGCUUACUAUA